AAUUAAAUUAAUGUUUUUUUAGAAUUCUGCACGUUAUCGUUUGUCGUGUUCGAGAAUCGAGAUUCUCAUCCAGCUUCUCUCCCGUCCCGCUCCCGAUUUUUAACUUUCAAUUCAGGUCAGGAAGAAAGAUUACGUGUUUUGUGUUGACGUGGCGGUUUGCAAGAGGUAAAAUGUUGAGAACAUUAUUUGUGUCACUUGCGGUGUCGGCGGUAUUCGCCGGGGUUCCAAGCCCAGAGGAAACAAAAAAACUGGUACAACACUUUUCUGACGCUGAACACUUCAAAAAUGAACAUCACAACAAGCAGUUUGAUCAUGACGCCUUUUUAGGGGAGGAUCAGGCCAAAACAUUUGAUCAGUUGUCUCCAGAAGAAAGCAAAAGGAGAUUGGGGAUUAUAGUCGACAGAAUUGAUUCGGACAAAGAUGGCUUUGUAACUUUAGUUGAGUUGAAAGACUGGAUUAGAUAUACACAGAAGCGUUAUAUCGAUGAGGAUGUGGAGAGGCACUGGAAACAACAUAAUCCCCAGAAUGAAGAAACUAUUCCAUGGGAGACAUACCGGAAGAAUGUUUACGGAUUUAUGGAUGAAAUGGAUGAGAAGGAGCUCAGGGCACCCAACAGUGAGGGAUUCACAUACUCCAGCCUCCUUAAGAGAGACAGGAGGAGGUGGCACUAUGCUGAUGGGGAUCAAGACGACGCAUUGAACCGCACCGAGUUCUCUGCGUUUUUGCAUCCGGAGGAGCAUACUGGCAUGAGAGACAUCGUUGUCCUGGAGACGCUGGAGGACGUUGAUAAGGACAAUGAUGGCAAAGUGUCAAUCGAUGAGUACAUCGGGGACUUGUACAAGACUGAAGACGGUGAAGACGAAGAGGAACCCGACUGGGUCAAGCAGGAGAGGGAACAGUUUACUGGAUAUAGGGACACCAACAAAGACGGCUACAUGGACGCGGACGAGGUAAAAGAAUGGAUAGCGCCGCCCGAGUUCGACCACGCCGAAGCCGAAGCACGCCAUUUAGUAUUCGAGGCGGACGCCGACGCGGACGAACGUCUGACGAAACAAGAAGUGCUCGACAAGCACGAUCUGUUCGUCGGCUCGCAGGCCACAGACUUCGGGGAGGCGUUCGCGAGGCACGACGAGUUCUAGACGCGCGAAAUUUUAAAAAAUAAUAAAACUCGUUGACGUUCUUUUGUUUCAUUUCAACGGCUCGAUGGUUUCGAAAUUUUGGCGACGUUCUUUUGUUUUAAUUACAGUGACAGCGCUGAUUUUGAAAGUACCGAUGCUCUUUUGUUUUCAUUGCAGUAGUGGCGCGCCGGUUUUGAAUUUCGUCGGCAUGUUUUUUCGUUUUCCAUAUCCAGUGGCUCGGUGAUUUCCAAAUUUUAUGGAUGCUCUUUUGUUUACAUUCUUUGUCGUUCAUCUUAACGGGUUCUUUGUCGUUCAAUGGCAUAAUUGUUUUGUUACUUAUCAAUGUUCAUGUUCGCGCAAACGAAGCACAGGAGUGGAUAACGCUGACCGAGUUCGAGUACUGAUUCUCAACUGAUUUGGGAGGCGUUCCCGAGACUCGACGAAUGUCGGACGCGCGCGCGCAAUUUCAAUUAUGUUGAUGUUCUUUAUUUUCGAAAUAACGUUGAUGCUCUUUUGUUUCAUUUCAAUGGCAAUUCACGAUUUAAAUUAAAAAAAAGAUGACGAUUCUCUUUUGUUUUUGUAUCAGUAGCGGCGGGCUAAUUUAAAAUUUGCCAUGUUCUUGUUUAAAAAUGACAGUGGUAGCGCGUUGAUUUCAUAUUUUGUCGAUGCUCUUUUGUUUUCCAUUUCAGUGGUUCGGCGGUUUCAAAUUUUGUCGAUGUUCUUUUGUUUUUCACAUCAGUGGCGCGCCGAUUUUGAAAUUGUCGAUGCUUUUAGGUUUUUAUUGCAGUAGGUACUUACCAAAACCAUAAAAGAAAGUGGUCGCCAAGCAUACUAGUUAAAAAUAUGUACUGCAUCUUACAAGUUAUACUAUUUAGUUGCAAAAUUCUCAAAUGUAUUCAUUGAUUGCCGACUUUGCAGCUAGAACUAACUAACCGUAGUCAUAAGUCGCUAUUGAAUUUACUUCAACGCAAUGGCCUAUUUCCAACAAACUCGACCUUAUUACAUUACGCAUAAGAGCAAUAUUGUCUGCCUAUAUUUGGUGUAUUCGUAUUUCCUAUGUAUUUUUUUAAUGCUGGCCCUUCACUUGGCUAUUCGUGUUCGGUAUUCGUAAACCUGAUAUCAGUCUUGUGUUUUUCAAUUCUCACAAAGCAUUAUAAGGACAGACUUGUCAACUUUGCAAAUAGCAAAUAUGAAUAGCCAAGCGAAAUGCCGGCAUUAAAUAGAUUUAUAAUUAUUAAGUUUUUAAGUGCAGCGACAUUAUAAUUUAAAUAUUUUUAUGUUUUCAUGGUCAACUGUGCCCACAUACCGCUUAGCCCGCGGGUUCAGGUGACCAAUUUUUUUUGUUGUGAGCGACGCGGUUGAUCAUGAAGGGAUUUUUAUUUAUGUAUGUCUAUUAUUAAUACUUUUUAAUUAUUAUACAUGGUGUAAAAAACCCUAUAACGAAGUCGAAGGCCACGUAUUUUGGAAGGUCAAGAUCAAAAUUUUUUUUUCAAGAUUUAUACAUUAAUAUUUUCAAAACGUUAUUUAGAAACUUUUUUAUCGACGUACUUAUACACACAGACACAUUCUUUGCCUGUUAUAUAUUUGCUAUACAUUGCGUACUGGAAAAAAUUUUUAACUUAAAAAUACAAAUUUUCCUUUAUUCUCACUAGUUCGAUUUAUUAGUUCGAUCAUCGGAACUAAUGAGAAUUAUUUUUCUCAUUUGUUCGAUCGUCGAACUAGUGAGAGUAUUUGUUCUCACUUGUUCUAUUUCUUAGUUCGAUCUAUAUUUAUUGUUUUUGUAUCUCGAAUGGAAUA